AUGGGAAUGCUCGGACGUUUGAUCCGCCAAAAUCUCACGUAUGAUCAAAACCAAGACGUCAAUACGUUCGAGACGACAAGUCGUAUGCUUGGGGGGUUUCUCCUCCAUGCACAUUAUCUUACCAGUCAGGUCCCAGAUGUCUCUUCUCCGCAAGACUCUGUUUAUUUGUCCAAGGCAAUUGACCUGGCUGUUCGACUUCUCGGUGCAUAUGAAUCCCCAUCAGGGAUUCCGUACGCAGGUGUCGAACUGCAAACGAAGAAUGGGAUCCGUUCGCAUGCUGAUGGUGGAGCAUCGUCGAUGGAAGAAGUGGCCACUCUCCAGUUGGUUCACUGGUAA